GGUGGCGGGCGGGGGCGGGGCCGGGGCGGGGCCGAGCCGGGGGGCGGGGCCGAGCCCGCGGCCCGGCCGCGGCGGAAGACGAGGAUGGUACCCCGCUACGCGCGGAAGGCCGUGCCGCCGAGCUCGGAGCUGAAAGGAAAAACAAAACAUCCUCUUAAUCACCAUCCUCUUCCAGAGCUGCUAAAAGACGUAUCAUUGACAAAUGACAGCCAUGAGAAAGAUACAAGUUCCCAAAGUGCAUCUGACAACACACAAGAAUCACCUUUUACCUCAGCUGACACCGGGAACUUACGAUCUGCUUUUCCAAGUUAUACGGGCACAGGCAUCUCCACUGAAGGCAGCUCGGACUUCUCCUGGGGAUAUGGUGAACUUGAUCAAAAUGCCACUGAGAAAGUCCAGGCGAUGUUCACAGCCAUUGAUGAGCUCUUGUACGAGCAGAAGUCAAGCAUUCAUACAGAGAGUCUCCAAGAGGAGUGCCAGCAGUGGACAGACAGCUUUCCUCACCUCAGGAUUCUGGGUCAGCAGAUUCUCGCCCCAAGUCAAGGUUAUGAAUUUUAUCCAAGAUCUCCGGCUGUUUCAGCUUCACAGAGGAUAACAUUGUCUCAGAAAAGAGAUUCUACCAUAUUUUGUAUAAGGGGCAAGAAGUUACAUUUUUCAUCUUAUGCUCAGAAAGUGCCUUCUAUUGCCAAAUCCCCUAGUAUGUCUUCUCUGGAAAGAGAGGAAGACCAUGUGCUCAUCUCCGAAGGAAUCAUAGAGGAAUACCUGGCAUUCGACCACACAGACACGGAAGAAGAGUUUCAUGGAAGGAAACCAAGAGCAGCUACAGAGAAACAGAGGUUAGGGUACCCUCCUGUUUCCCCACUUUACUGCAUGAAGGAGGAUGUCCUUGCUUAUGUGUUUGACGAUGUGUGGAGAAAGGCCCUGGGCUGUAUGGAGCAGCUGACGCGGAGUCACUGGGAAGGGUUUGCUUCCGAUGAUGAGAGUAAUGCCACAAUCACCAGACCGGGUUCAGAGAGCCCCCGUGAGCUGAGUGAGCCACCACCUUUGAUCUUACCUCGAGUCCCACAGUCCAAGGUGCUGUCCAUUACCUCCAACCUGGUGAGUCUCUGUCAAGCUGGAAGUGGUCACCAGCCAAAUGUGAAUGGUCUCUUGGUUCAUGGGAUGACUCUACAGCCAAGAAAUCUCUCCCUAAUGGACAAGCUCCUGGAUCUCGAUGACAAGCUCCUGAGGCCUAGGUCUAGCACCAUCCUUUCAACUCGGAACUGGCCCAGCCGCACCUUGGAAUUCAGCACCUCAUCUCCGUCGUACAUAGUGCAGUCUGCCCGGAGACGCAACGGCCCACCACUCAUCCUCCAUCCCAUCAGCCCAGGCCACUCGCGUGCUGGGACCCCAAGACCCAUGGAGGAAACCCUUAGGAGACCCCAAGUUCCAGUGACCGCAGAUUCCCUCUAUUACUCAAUGAUGCCCCUGAGUCGGAAUAACCUGCUGCCACCUAUCGGCACAGCUGAUGUGGAACACUUGAGCACGCUGGGAUCCCAGAACUCAAAGAAAGCCCACGGUGACUCGGGCCGAGCUCGGAGUGCAGUGGUGGAUGACCCGAACCACCAGCAGCCCAAGGAGAGGCUCCUUUUACCUGACUUUUUCUCCAGGCCCAACACAACACAGUCGUUUCUGCCAGACACCCAGUCUCACCGCUUCCGUGCUGUUGAGUACCCUCAGCAGGCCCGCGCUGCCCGGGGGUCUGCAGGGCCAGGGAAGUUUCGAAAGCUAAUAUAGCCUCAUACUGAAGAUGGCUGUGCUCAAUUGAGCUGAUUACCAACUGAAAAUGCAGGCGUUCGGGGAAGCCGGCUCAAGCAGGAGAGCAGUAGCCCAGCAAGAGCGGAGGGCCAGCAAGAGCAGCCGCCCUGCGUUUGAUUCCUGGUCUGUGAUCAGGCCGACUCGAAGCAGAUGGAGGCAGUGAGCCAGGAAUCUCCAUGUACAACCCAGUUCUCGCAUCUCGAGGCUCAUCCCAUUCCUACCCCCAUUCCCAGUUCUCUAGUUUCCAACCGCAGGUCUGAUACCCCAUGUCUGGGGUGGAAACGUUGACCCCAAGUUGUUGACUGCCAUUUCGGCCAGCCAGUGCUGGUGCUCAGGUGUAACAGCUGCUCUGGGUCACAGCCCCACACCGCGGAGGCGUAACUGAAUGUGGGGCUCACAAAACAUUUGGCCACAGUCAGGGGUUCCGAAUGUAAGACAACCAAAAGUCAAUCUAAAAUCAAGCACGUAAUGAAUCUGCGCUGUCUGGGGUAACCCCUCCGGAGUCCUGAGUGGCAGACAGGAGGGAACCCUGCCGCAGGUGAGACGGCCUUUUAGUUAGGCAAGACCAGCUUUAUUUACUUUUAUUUUUGGGUUUUUUGGCUACACCUGGCAAUGCUCAGAGAUCACUCCUGGAGGGCACAGGAGACCACAUGGGAUAUUGAGAACCCUAGUCGGGUACAUGCAAGGCAGGUGCCCGACCUGCUGGACCACAAGACCUGCUUUAAAAGCGCCACAGCCAUUUGACAAUGUUCCCUCUAAUCAGACCUAUUCCCAUUCCUAUUCAGCCCUACGGAAGUACAGCACCCCGAGAUAGCUGGCAGAGCGCUGCAGCCUGACAUUGUCUGCUAUCCAGGUGGUGUCUACUGAGAAAUCCACGCUGUGGGUCAUGGUCAUUUGGUUCCCAGUCCCAUGCAGCUCUCCUGAAGGCUUCUCCCUGCCAGAGAGUAUCCCCACCCCCCAAAACUGCAGAACAAGAAAGCUGGCCCCCACUUCCCCCUUGCCCACUCUGACCACAGGGGCUCACAAUUCUGGGUUUUCCAUAAAAGUGCUGCCCAAAGUGUGUUUGGAAAGAUACCGUCGGAAUAAACUAAAACCUUUGUUUCAAAGAUGAGUAUUCUGGGAGCAACUCAGUCUGAAUGGAGUGAAAACUAUCACCCAGGUCAGAGGUCCCCAAACCCAGCGCUCCACUCCCCUUUUCGGAAACAAAUAACUGCACUGUCCCCCUGGGAAUCUCCCACCUUUAAGUAAACAAAGAGGGUCCCAGAUGGGGACAGAGAGAUAGCACAGCAGCUAGGGCAUUUGCCUUGAACGAGGUAGACCCGGGUUCGAUUCCCAGCAUUCCAUAUGGUUCCCCCAGCACCGCCAGGAGUAAUUUCUGAGUGCAGAGCCAGGAGUAACCCCUGAGCAUCCCUGGGUAUGACCCAAAAAGAGAAAAAAAACCAAAGAGGUCCCAGAGGCUUCUAUUGCCCUGGGCACUCUGCUGAGGACUGUCUGGACUCCAUUACCGGGAGAGAUGACUGAAUAGGGUAAAAGGAUUGAUUCUUCGGGUAACACUAGAAACUUUCACAAUUAAUAUAGAAUUUAACAAUUCAUGUACCACAAUCCUUUCUGGAGGGUUUUUUUUUGGGGGGGGGGAGGGAGUGGGGUCACAUCCAUGUUGCUCCAAGGCUUACUUGCUCUGUGCUCAGGAAUCAUCCCCAGUGGGGUUCUGAGAACCAUCUGGGGUGGGAUCAAACCCAGGUCAGCCAUGUAGGAGGGUGUCACAUCUCUCUGGCCCCUGUAGUAUAACCUUUUUAGCACAACACACUAGGAGCACCUGCUUUGAAGGAGAGAUGCCAUUUUACAGGAUGAAAAAUAUGAAACUGAGAUUAACUCUUAUUGUAGGGAUAGCAUAGACUCUUCUGUCACUAUAAAUACUAGUUCCUCUUGGAAACAGACAAGAUGGAAAUAAAGAAUAAAAAGAACUCAACAAUCUUCCCCUUGGGCCAGGAGAUAGUGCAGGGGGAAGAUGCGGGCCCGGUGUGCCCCACCAGCUGGCUCGGCACUGCAGGCUGCAGCUCUCCAGGCCUUGAGCACAGCUGGCCGUGGCCCUGGAGAAGCCUGAGCAGCAGCACAGGACCCCAGCACCAAACUGCGGGCAAUAGUGGCCAAAGGGGCCUCCGGGCUCCCCACGCAUCACCUGGGAUGCCCCCAACACUAA